AUUGAAACCUGCCUCUUCCAACAUGGCGGCUCCCAUUGCGCCCUUGGUUUCUUGGCGCUAUCUAUUGACAGUUUGCCGAAGUUGGCGAAGCUUGCACUGUAGUGCCCAGUGUGCUCAGCGGGCACGUCGUCCGGUGCCCAGUCUAUGGAGGACUGCGGCGGCACCUAUCAGUCAAUUAGCAGAGUCUUCUGUCUCCAGCUAUGAAAUCAACUCAAAUUCCCAAGUGUUGAAAGAGUGUACUGGGCCUCUUCAACAUUAUGACCUUCUGGUGAAGGAGUGUGUACUAAAUAAAGAUGAACACCAACGAAGAGUCAUGCAGCACUUGCAGAGUCUUCACGAGGCCCUCCGUGGGUACACAAAGGAAUCCAAAGGCAUACUGUCAAAGCUUUUCACUCAACGGAAACCGCAAAAAGGGUUGUAUGUCUUUGGAGAUGUUGGUACUGGCAAGACCAUGGUAAUGGACAUGUUUUUUGCACAUGUUGAAGUUGAGCAGAAAAAGCGAGUGCACUUCCAUGGAUUUAUGCUUGAUGUACAUGAAAGAAUACACAGGCUUAAAAAAACCUUACCGAAAAGAAAGGCGGGAUUCAUGGCUAAAACCUAUGACCCCAUUGCUCCAAUAGCGGAAGAAAUAAGUGAUGAAGCCUGUCUUCUCUGCUUUGAUGAGUUUCAGGUUACAGAUAUUGCUGAUGCCAUGAUCCUAAAGCAGCUUUUUGAAAACCUCUUUAAAAAUGGAGUUGUUGUUGUAGCAACGUCCAACAGACCACCAGAGGACCUUUAUAAGAAUGGACUUCAGAGAGUUAACUUUGUGCCCUUCAUUGCCGUUUUAAAGGAAUACUGCAACACUGUCCAGCUGGACUCCGGCAUAGACUACAGGAAGCGCGUCCUCUCUGCUGCCAGUAAAAUAUAUUUUCUCAUAAGUGAAGCUGAUGUGGAGACUGUCAUGGAUAAGUUGUUUGACGAGCUGGCUGAGAAACAAAAUGAUGUAACAAGACCUCGGAUUCUGAAAGUGCAGGGCAGGGAGCUGAAGCUGAGCAAAGCCUGUGGAUCCAUUGCUGACUGCACAUUUGAGGAACUCUGUGACCGUCCCGUGGGCGCCAGCGAUUAUCUGGAGAUGUGCAAGAAAUUUGACACGGUUUUUAUACGACAUAUCCCGCAGUUAAAUAUGACGAAGCGUUCUCAGGCUCGCAGGUUCAUUACUCUCAUAGAUGCCUUCUAUGACCAUAAGGUUCGUGUUGUUUGCUCUGCAGAAACACCUUUGCAGAGCUUGUUCAUGCAAAAGCUAAAAGAUUCUGUGGAUGUAGAUUCUAGAAUACUCCUUGAUGACCUUGAAAUUAACCAGGAGGUAUCUGAAGAAUUGUCCAUGUUCACAGGAGAAGAGGAAAUUUUUGCGUUUCAGCGCACUUUAUCCCGACUUACUGAAAUGCAGACAGACCAGUACUGGAGAGAUGGAGACAGAAAUCAGAGGUAGUGCCAAACCAUGCCGGUAAUGCACAUUACAUCACUUUAUGCAAGUUGACAUUUCUUCCGAAGUGUACCUCCUCGUUCAGACUGCAUACCGUUCUCAGGACCAUUAUUUUACAUAAAUGUUACCAGUCGUUCUCCAAAUAUUUGUCGUUAUCCAUAUUAUCAAUGUUAUCAUACUAAAGCACACAGCUGGAAAUGCCUCCGGUACCGUUACUUACAAUAUCUAUAACAGGAAUAUAAAAUGGAGUAUGUAAGAGCUCCGCCCAGUGCAAUAAUCAAGGACUCCUCUCUGAAGUGGAUUAAUGCUGCAGUGUUUAAAGUGAUAUACUUAGCAAUAUUUUUGUAUGUGUCUUAAUAGAUGUUUUAUUGGGAUUAUAUCACAGUAUUGAAUGUUCCAGUCUCUGCCUGAGACCAUAGCAGCCAGGAAACUGUUUGUUAGCUGUUCAGUUAACUGGAAACUGAAGGGGAUGUUACUGUGUAAUGCAGCAUUCUUUUAUCGUUUUCAUACAGCCAUGGCAUAAUUUCAGGAAGUCAGGAUUUCAGAUUUUAUCUGUACAUGUAAAUGUUGAUGUCAUUUUCUUCAUACAAGUAUUGUUAUUUGCAAGCCAUGCUAGCAGAAGCAUUGGACACUAUCGGGUGCUAUAUCCAUUUUUUCUCCUUUAGUAAAUUUAAAUGAAAAGAAAAGUUUAGGGUAACUGGAGAACAUUCUAUUACUUGAACAUACAGUGAUCACAAGAACAUUACUUAUGAGUUAUACAACUUUUAUACAAAAAUACCUUCAUCCUGAAAUUGAAAAUGCAUUGGAACAUACAGAUGGAGCAGGGUUAGCACUACAGCUCUUAACUCAAAUUUCUUAACUCAUCGCGUUAUCUUGAGACAAAAGCCAUUGAAAAGCAAUUGAAGGUGUUUGCUUAGAUUAGAUAACACAACUCAGAAAUCUCACGAAACACGAGUGUUAACUCUACUCUAUCCGUACAUGGCCCAACGGAUAUGGAUAGCUUCACCCUGAAUUUUUUUAAAUUAGUUAUUGUUUAUUUGCUUUCUAAAUGCAACUGCAACAAGCAACGUUUUGAAUAGUCUUCAUCAAAAAAUUCUGAGAAUGUUGCUUAUGUAGAGUCUAAGUAGCUCCUGCACACAUUUAGCUGUGUUGAUACUUCUAUCAAAAUCCAACAGGGCAUUGCUCUUGGUUCUAUAUGCUCUCCCUUGCCCUUCUCUCAGUGAUAGAGCUAUCAACAGAAAGGACGGGAAAGGUUGUACAUGCAGAUCAGAGUGUGGAGAGGGGGAAAGCAGUCAAGUCUUCAUGGAGCGUAGAUCUGACAGGCUGUACUUUAUCAGAGGGAGGGGCAUUAAUCUGUCAGCACAAGGAAGAAGAGCUGUACAAGGGGAAAUCAGUACAAGAACAAAGUGCUAGUACAUAUGAGUUACCAAAGGCAGUAGCAUCCUUGACAUGCAGACCUAACAUCCAGCACAUAGUGCACCUUUUGCCCCCAAUAUCUUUUCUUUUUGUAAGGGGUUGUGGCAAGUAUAAAAGUUGUAUUCUGUCCACAGAAUACGGGAUAACUGCCUGAUCUGUGGGGUUCCAAUCACUGGGACCCCCACCAAUCCCAAGUAUGGCGAUUCCAUGUUCUUUCUCUAUGGGACUGCUGGAGAUAGCAGAGUACAGUGCUCGUCUAUUUUCAGAGGUCCCUUAGACAAUGAAAAAAAAGGGCAGGGUGCAUAUGCUUCACCUGCCACUCCACCAGGACUGGGGAACUGGACCUCCGUUCUCUAGCAGUUGGACCCCCAUUGAUCAGUAAACCUUAAGAUCUCUUUUUUUUUUCCCAUGUGUCCAUAACCUUUAAGGCCCCUUUAAACAUGGCAACUUUUCAAUCCACAAUAAACGACUGGUUGUUAAAAAAUUGCGCAAUGAGGAUCUGAUGAUCAUUACAUCAGGAUGAUUCUCGCUUUCAUGAGAGUUAUGUACUAGACAGCAAUGGUUUAUGUAGACCUCUCAUAAAAAGCUUCUGGCUUGCAUUUAUUCUGUGCCUGCAAGAACUUUUAUCACCUCCCGAGUGAACAACAUAUAUUAUACCCUCAAAUGUACCCACAGUAAUGCAAAAAAAAAUAAAAAAUGUUCGUGAGGUUACAAUAAGACAUAAGCUAUACAGCCAAAAAUAUGUGGGUAGCGACUUAUCACUUCCACAUGUGCAUGUUGAAGAUUAGGGAUGAGCGAAUCGACUUCAGAUGAAACAUCCAAAGUUGAUUCGCAUAAAACUUUGUUCCAAUACUGUACGGAGCAG